UCAGAAUUGCGUGAUAUAAAGUCGCAAUUGCGAGUUAUAAAGUCAGGUUUGUGAGAUAAAAAGUCAAAAUUGUGAGGUAUAAACUCGUAAUUUUGACUUUGCUCGCAUUUCAUUCACCACUCAAGUCAAACACGGGACGCUGGAACAUAUCAUUUUAUAGCAUUUAGAAUGGAAAAGAUUAUAGAGGAUUAUUUUCGCCUCGGUUUCACAAAUAGAGAAAUCUUGAUUUUAUUGGAGGAAUCACACAACAUUAAGCUUAGUCUCCGGACUCUUGAGAGAACAUUAUGCAGGAAUCAGUUGUGGCGGAGACGCAACAAAACGGACGAGGCUGAAGUGGCACAUUUUAUACACCAGCAGCUUCAGACAUCGGGACGGCAACAUGGUUAUCGAUGGAUGCACCAGAAAUGUUGGUUGUCCGGAAUUAUUACUGACAGAGAAACUGUCCGUCAGUUGAUGAGACUGUUAGAUGGACAAGGAGUUGAUCUACGUGCUCAUGGUCGUCUACGCAGACGCGUAUAUAACAGUCGCGGGCCAAAUUAUGUUUGGCAUAUUGACGGGUACGACAAAUUAAAACCUUACGGAAUAUGUAUAAACGGAUGCAUUGAUGGAUUUUCCAGAAAAAUGAUCUGGCUUGAAGCAUACAAAACGAACAAUGACCCACGAGUAAUUGCAGGUUAUUUUGUACAUGCUGUUGCUGAGAAUAACGGAUUUCCACAAAGAAUUCGCAUUGACCACGGAACUGAAAAUACUCAUAUAGCAGAGAUGCAAACAUUUUUCAGAAACACUGCAAGUGCAGAAUGUGUCACUCUUGGUCCAAGCACUGGGAACCAGAGAAUUGAACGAUGGUGGUCCACUUUGAGAAGCCAGUGCAUACAGUUUUGGAUGGAUCUUUUUGAACAAUUAAAAGAAGACGGACAUUUUGUUGACACUUUCAUUGAUAAAUCUCUCAUCCAGUUUUGCUUCCAACAUUUUAUUCAGGAAGAGCUUGAUGAAAUUGUCAGUGCCUGGAAUUCCCACAGGAUACGGCCAACUCACAACCCACGUGCUCCCAGUGGUCGACCUUCAAUAAUGUUUGCUGUUCCCAGCUUAUAUGGAGUGCAGAAUUUCUUGCAUCCAAUUGAACAAACAAAACUGAAUAUUUGCCAAGAGGAGUGUUUAUUUAAAGACUAUCCUUGUGACGAGGAUGUCUUUCAACUGUGUGUAGAACUCAUGACUGAGCAUAACCUUGUCAUGUCAGAUGAUGUUUAUGAAAUUACAGACCUUUACCUCCAGCUUCGCGAAUUGAUCCUUCAAGGACUGGACGCUGAGGACUAGAUUCACCAUUCUAAAUUAAUAAACAUCACUAUAAGCUGUGAAGGUCACAGCCAUUCAUGAGGCAACAGAGUAUCAACGGCUUCACUGGAGCUUCUAGCAUGCUGUCAAAUUGAUAUCUUGUUAUCUGUUUAUUUUCAGAGUUAUAACAUGGCAAAAGCACAACCAUCAGAAUAAGAGGCAUAGAUGUAAUUAAAACACUUAGAAUUUUUUUCAAACAAUUGUAAAAAGUUUGCCUUAUUUUUUAUUUUAUUUUUCCAGCCACAGUAAUUUACAUGCAUGAUUUAUUGCAUUGCAUUAUACUGUCAAUACUUCAAACUUGAAUACAAAUGAAGUGCAGCAAGCCUUUUUAGAUGGACAAGUCAAGACAAUGUUUUGAACCUAAAAACUAAUGUAUUUAUGGCUUGAAACUGUUCAAAUUUGAUGGAUUUCUCUUCUGUUUAACAUUGACUUUCAAGACUUUAAAGGGGCAGGGGACUGAAAAUAUGAACAAAAAUGGGUUUAUAGGUAAAUUGAUGUUAUUUGUAUUAUCCCUGAAAUAAAUUAUUAAGAACUGAAUUUCUUAUGGUAUUUAGAUUAUUAACUGUAACCUUGUUGUGGUACAUUGCUCAAAACAAAACCUUAAACUUUCUUCUCAGAAUG